AUGGGUGACUGGAGCUUUCUGGGGAGACUGUUAGAGAAUGCGCAGGAGCACUCCACGGUUAUUGGCAAGGUUUGGCUGACGGUACUGUUUAUCUUCAGGAUACUGGUGCUGGGGGCCGCUGCUGAGGAGGUCUGGGGAGACGAGCAGUCGGACUUUACAUGCAACACUCAGCAACCUGGUUGCGAAAAUGUUUGCUAUGACAAAGCCUUCCCCAUUUCUCACAUCCGCUUCUGGGUGCUGCAGAUCAUUUUUGUCUCCACUCCAACCCUCAUCUACUUGGGCCAUGUGCUGCACAUUGUACGCAUGGAGGAGAAGAGGAAAGAGAAAGAAGAGCUGAAAAAGAAGGGAAGCAUCAAAGACAGCAACUACCCAGGAGCAGCAGUGUCUGGCAGUGGUGGUGGAGGAGGCAGCAAUAACAUCAAGGAUCCUCUUGGCAAAAAGGGGAAGGAGAAGCUCCCGAUCCGUGAUGAACGUGGUAGAAUUCGUAUGGGGGGUGCCCUGCUCCGUACCUACGUCUUCAACAUCAUUUUCAAGACACUGUUUGAGGUGGGCUUCAUUGUGGGCCAGUACUUCCUAUAUGGCUUCGAGCUAAAGCCAGUCUACCAGUGCAGCCGCUCACCUUGCCCACACACUGUGGACUGCUUCAUCUCAAGGCCCACUGAGAAGACCAUCUUCAUCAUCUUCAUGUUGGUGGUGGCUUCUGUCUCCCUGCUGCUGAACAUGCUUGAGAUAUAUCACUUGGGGUGGAAGAAGCUUAAGCAGGGCAUGACAAGCCGGUACAGCCUUGAGAUGCCUGUCGCAACAAUGACACCAGUCAUGGUAACAGGGGAGUCCAAACCUGUUGCCCUGCCACCACCAGCACCACCCGUGGUGGUAAUGACUGCCACGCCCCCCCCUGUUCUGCCUGACACCCGUGCUGUCACACCGCUGCUCGCCCCAGUGACCAUGGCACCGUACUAUGCUGCAGCUGCUCCAAGACCGCGGCCCCCCUCCAACAUGGUCUCCAUGGCCAGCUACCCUGUUGCUCCAUCAGUUCCUGAGGAGAGGCACCGUGCUGUGACUCCCACGCCCAUCUCCACUCCUGUCACCAUCCCGACCCCCAUCCCCACGCCCACGCCAGCUGUCAUCAACUACUUCAACAGCAACAGCCAUGCCCUGGCGGCUGAGCAGAACUGGGUCAACAUGGCAGCUGAGCAGCAGGGGAAGGUGCCCUCCAGCUCGGCAGGCUCCUCUACCCCCAGCAGUGUCCAGCAACCCCUUCCUGAGCAGGAAGAGCCACUGGAGCAGCUACUCCCACCCCCAGCUGCGCCACCCGUUGCUGCGGCCAACAGCUGCAGCAGCACUAGCCUGAGUGGGGCAAGCGGCAGCAAGUGGGAUGUGGAGGGUGAGGAGGAGCUGUCAGAGGAACGGCCCGUCUCAGCUGCCUGCACCACUGUGGAGAUGCAUGAGCCACCGCUGCUUGUAGACACACGGCGCUUGAGCAGGGCCAGUAAGUCGAGCAGCUGCAGAGCCAGGUCAGAUGACCUGGCCGUGUAG